GGGGCCGUCGCGCCCGGGUCCCCCCUCCCUGCUCGCCAGCCCUUCCCCUCCUCCUUCUCCUCCCGCCGCCCCAGGUGGGGAAGCUGCCUUGCGCAAGGAAGCACUUCUGCGCCCGGGAGACCUGCCGUGUCUCUGGCUCUUCAGCCAUGAAGAUCGCGCCCCCCUUAGCGGGAAGGCAAGUACCCCGGUGAGGGCAGCGAGGGCUCCCAGACUCCCCCCAUCCCUCGAAAAAAGGGGAUUUCUUCUGGAGGACCUGGAAUUCUAACAGGAGGAUCCGGCAGGUUUGAUGAUUAACCAGUUCUGAAAUGGCUGAAAAAGAUGGGGGCCUGAAACGACACAACUGGACUUCGCCUAAGGUGGUGGCUGUAAUAGCCAGCGGCUUCCUGCUCUUGGCUGCGAUCGGAGUUGGGAGCUGGGCUAUAGUGGUUUCUGUGCUCAGAAGUGAAGGUGAAAGCCUGUAUGUUGUCCAGGUGAGCUCCGGUGACCUGCGCCUCACUGUGUACGAUGAGAAUGAAGGGAGGUGGAGGCUGCUUUGUUCGUCGUCCUCCGAUGCCCAAGUGGCCACCCUCAGUUGCGAGGAGAUGGGAUUUGUCAGGUCUCUCUCCCAUUCAGUUCUGGCUGCUGACAGAGCAGGGGCCAAUGGGACGUCGGGCUAUUUCUGCGUGGAUGAGUCCCGCCUACCUUUUGCGCGAAGGCUGAGCGAGGCCAUUGUGGUGUGCGAAUGCCCGACAGGCCGAUUCCUGGCAACGCUAUGCCAAGACUGUGGACGUAGAAAAUUGUCUGUGGACCGCAUUGUGGGAGGCCAGGACGCUAGCUUGGGCAAAUGGCCGUGGCAAGUCAGCCUGCGCUAUGAUGGGACGCACCUUUGCGGUGGCUCCAUCAUCUCAAAUGAGUGGGUUAUCACAGCUGCACACUGCUUCCCAGAGAGGAAUCGAGCACCGAGCAGGUGGCGGGUGUUUGUGGGGGCCGUUUCCCAGCUCUCCGCUAAGGGGCUGCAGGUGGGUGUGACAAGCGUUGUGUACCACGGUGGGUACCAGCCCUUCCUGGAUCCCAACAGCGAGGAGAACAGCAAUGACAUAGCCCUGAUGCACUUGGCAACACCCCUUUCCUUUAACGAAUAUAUCCAGCCCAUCUGCCUGCCAGCUUUGGGCCAGCCUUUGGUGGAUGGGAAGAUCUGUAUCGUUACUGGCUGGGGCAACACCCAGUACUAUGGGCAACAGUCUGACGUGCUGCAAGAAGCCAGCGUGCCCAUCAUCAGCACCAGUCUCUGCAACAGCCCUGACUACUAUGGCAGCCAGAUCAGGCCCAGGAUGUUCUGCGCUGGCUUUGCUGCUGGCGGAACAGAUGCCUGCCAGGGCGACAGUGGCGGCCCCUUUGUGUGUGAGGAUGGCAUCUCUCGGACAUCCCGCUGGAGGCUCUGUGGUAUUGUGAGCUGGGGCACCGGCUGCGCCCUGGCCAAUAAGCCAGGGGUCUACACAAAGGUCAAUGACUUUCAAGGGUGGAUCUAUCGUGCCAUGAAGACUCACUCCCAUGCCAGUGGAAUGGUGAUCCAGGACUGAAGCCCCGGAAGAGCAAUGCUGAGCCGCUGCCUCGCCAACCUCCUCCCCUUCCAGUGUGAGGCUGCUGCUUUAAACAAAACAAGGGGAGGGGGGGGGAAUGACAUUUUACAGAGAACAAACAUUGUCAUAUCUGACUGUGUGCUCUGGCAUAGCCUGGUGGAAUAGGGCAGGGGAGCCCUUCUACAUUGUGCAGUCACAGCUCCUCGCUGGCCUUUAAGCAUCUCUCGCCCUGCCAAUGUGAUGCCUUUGCUUUGCCAGCCUAUCUAAGGGGUGCUGGUUCUUUAAUGGCCCAUCUAGGGAAGAGGGUUGGCCUUGCUUCCCAGGACAUCUGUGACUGGCUAAUCUGUGGUUGCUUUGGUGUGGCUCAUUACCCUAUCACUUUAAAGUAUUGAAUUCCGGCAGGUCAAGAAUUUCAAAAGCAAAGGCCCAAUCCUUGAAGUUUUCCCCAGUCGUGAACAAGGGCAGAAGCUGCAUUUAAAGGGAACCCCCACAGCAACUUCUCACACUACCCCAGCAUACACUCAGAAUGGGUGAAGCCAUCAUGGGUUCUGACUUGAAACCGGGGCGUCCUGAUUUCAAGUCUUUGUCUCCCCCUCUCAGUUCCGCCCCAGCAGCGGAUCCUGCCUCCCUGCCCCUUGUAACAUGGCGGCCGCCUAUGAGCUUGGCAGCACGGCUUGAUGAUGUCAUUUCCCAGGAUGCCGCUGGAAGCUGAGAGACACACACAGAUUCAGAGAGGCGGGGCAUGGGCUUAAAAGGGCUGUGGUGCAGUUUGGAGCCAGCAGCGGUGGGGGAGAGUCUUGAGCUGUUAACAGGGGGGGGAGAGGUCAGUGGGAAAAGGAAUGGAGGGCUUGGUGCCCAGGGCUAGGGUCCCGCCCAGUAACUUGUGAGGUGGCAGCAGUGCCUCUGAGCAUGUACAGAAUGCACACACCCCUCCUCCCACUCCCCCCCCAGCUAGAAACACCUUGCAUUCCUCAGAUGAAAAUGCCCCAAUUUUCAUCUGAGGAAUGUUGCAGGGUAUGCCCCAAGCCUUGUUCUGUGGACCUUUGGCUCUCAGGUGAUUUUGUCCAGAUUUCCUCUAGGUCAUUGGUCUCCAAAUGGUAGGUUGCACCCUAAGAUGAGAUUGGUUGUGCAAGUGAUACCACCACCAUUUUCUUACAUUUUUUAAUUUGUUCAGGGGUUUUAAAGAGCAAAUGUCCUAAGACAGACGUGGAGAGUGUGUGUGUGUGCGUUAUACCAUGAAUAACAGCACUAACCCCAGGGGGCUCAGAUCUAGAGGGUGGAACAGAUGGCAGGAAGUCUUGAGGAGGAGAUCCUCCCUUACUGCAGUUCGCUAAGGGCUGAUUCGGAACACAAUAGAAGCAGGCCCAUGCAGAGGGGGUAGGGAUUCGGGUUCCCUUGCCCUGGCUCUUGGAGGGCUGAGCCAGCCAGCGCCACCCCCUCCCCCUGCUGCUUUUUUUUUGUUUGAGUUUAUAACUUUAUUCUAACAAGACUCCUGCUCUAGACCUCAGACUAGCUAUGCAUGGGCAUGAAUAAAAGAGCUUACUUCCACUUACCUGAUGUUUGCAAGCAUUUUAAGGGAAACGUACAGGACCAAAAAAAGCAGACCCACAUUUUAUAUGAGGGCAAAAUAUCAAUAUCUGACCCAAAGAGCCUCAUUUGGACUCCAGGGAGGAUAUUACUGAGGGUUGGAUACCCUCAGCCAGUCUCCCUUUCCCCUUCUGUACGGGAAGCUGUCAGGAAGGACUGACCAGCUGUUCUGUGCAUUUUCCAUCUGUUCUUUUAACAAAAUUAAGUACAUUUUGGGUAGGGCUUUAUUAGGGUACUUUUAGCCCUCCAGUACAGACUUAAGAGUUAUGCUUGAUUAUUCCAUUGAGGAUCUGUUGCUGCCCCUACUCUAGCAUUGUCCACAGGUAAAAAUAGCCACCAAUAAUGUUGAAUCUGACAGUUUGCCUCCAUCACAUGCACAUUGCAGACUUAGAAAAAAGCCUAGCACAGAUAUUAAUCUUCGGGUAUUAAUAACCUGUUAUUGUCUACAUACAGAACGGGUCUACUCUAUAUCUGCAUCCCCAUGAUAAAAAAAAUCCAUUGUAUGCACUGAGAAAUUAAGAAUCAGGAACUGCUUCAGUUUCAUAUUAGAAGUUCCAUUAAGGAUUAGUUUGGGUCUGCACACAAGUGAUACACCGGCCUUCCGAAACCUGAUAACCUCCAUAAGCUUUGGACUACAUUUCCCACCAUGCCUGACCCAAUGGCCCUGGUGGCUGAUGGGAGUUGUAGUCCAAUGCAUUAUUGACAUGCCAAUAAAUGUACAAGCACCCAGCAGUCCUAAAUGCAUAGCCAUCUUUAGCAUAGCCAUGCACACACUCACACUUAUUGAUUUGGUGGUAAUUUGUAAGUUACUGGCUGGGCUGAUCAGAUACAUUUGAUGCCGAGACCGAAAAAGAAGCUGAAAUAAAAAUUUGUGGUUCACCUAUCAUAGAAUCAUAGCAAUGCAGAGUUGGAAGGGACCCCGAGUGUCACCUAAUUCAACUCCCUGCAAUGCAGGAAUCCUGCUCACAGCCAUCUCUGGGUGGGCUUGAACCACCAACCUAACCCAUUGCGCCACUGGAGCAUAUGAAGAAGCCCUGGUGGCUCAGGUCAAGGGCCCAUCUUAUCCAGCAUUUUCUCUCUCACAGUAGUCACACAGAGGGAAGCCCAUGUGCAAGGCUGAGGGCAAUGGUGCUCUCCACACUUGUGUUUCUCAGUAGCUGUUAUUCAGAGGCAUGCUGAAGGUAGAGCACAGCCAUCGUGGCCUUAUCCUCCACAAAGCUGCCUACAUACAGUAAUAACCCAUCUGGGGCCAGGAAGUAUCCCAGAACAGUCCUCUAUUAUGUCUUCUGACACUGUACAUAGAUAACUAUGUUGGGUCUCCUCUGUCCUUUGGGGCCAUGGAUCAGUUCACUUAGAUUGUAUAUAUUUGUGUAAUUAUGACAAUUAAAAUAAAUAAAACCUGUUUUGAUUAUAGAUGGCUCUUGGAUUAUCUCACAGAUUUUUUAAGAUUCCCCCCCCCCCGGGAGGCUCAAACAGGGAGCCUCCUGGCCUGCACAUCAGUGUUGUGUCCCUUGUUGUGGCGAGCUACUUUGGGAGUGCAGAAUGAGGGCCACUGUCCGUCCCUCCCCAGCUAAAUACACCAUUUUGAAUACCUGGGAAAU